UUCUCGCUUCCUCGCUUGGCGAGAGCGGGGAGAUGGCCCGGACGAAGCAGACGGCGCGUAAGUCGACCGGCGGCAAAGCGCCGCGCAAGCAGCUGGCGACCAAGGCGGCCCGCAAGAGCGCCCCUGCUACCGGCGGCGUGAAGAAGCCUCACCGCUACCGCCCGGGCACGGUCGCCCUGCGAGAGAUCCGCCGCUACCAGAAGUCCACCGAGCUGCUGAUUCGCAAGCUGCCCUUCCAGCGGCUGGUGCGUGAAAUCGCGCAGGACUUCAAGACGGACCUGCGCUUCCAGAGCUCGGCCGUGAUGGCGCUGCAGGAGGCGAGCGAAGCGUACCUGGUGGGGCUGUUCGAGGACACGAACCUGUGCGCGAUUCACGCCAAGAGAGUGACCAUCAUGCCAAAGGACAUCCAGCUGGCGCGGCGCAUCCGCGGGGAGAGAGCCUAGGUCCGCGUAGAUCCUGACACGGGCGGCCUAUCGGAAAAAACACGACACCCAAAGGCUCUUUUAAGAGCCGCCAGCUUCGUCUCGGAAAGAGCUAAGCCUGUUUGUCAAACAGAUCGCGAGACGCUUAAGUAAAUGCCAUUUGCCCUCGCA